AAUAAGAUGAAUCCAAAUUGAAAGCUCAUUUAACGUAAACAAUUAUUGUUCGAAGGUUAUUUCGACAGAAGUUCUCUCGCCUAGUAACUUUAUUAAUUACUAUUAAGUGAUAAACGCCACGUACCGACCACGUUUUGGGUUGCUCCUGAGUUUUCAUGUUUUUCUGGUGCAUAUCAGUUUUGAAUUUUCAUCAGUUUUACACUACAGUGUGUCCUUGUGCAUUAGAAUUGGAAGUUAAAACUUGGUGUUGAGAUGUUCAAGAAGAGAAGUGGCACGACUGACAAAGGAAAAGACUACGAACAUCUAUACAUAGCAAACUUAGUUUUAAAAUUAAUUAUUGACGAUGACGUAGAAAAUUUUUAUUUGUCGUCGAACGAUAGUGCAUAUGGUUCUUUCGAUGACGUUGUAGUUGAAAUUAAAUUCAAAGAUCGCACUGAAACGUUCGCUAUCCAGUUGAAACACCUCAACAGAACAGGGGGAAUACAAAUCGAGCAGUUAAACGCACCUAAAGGAAACUUUAGCGUCGAGAAGUAUUAUGAAGACUUCAAAAAAGAGCCGAAGUUGUCUGAACCGUCUAUCAAGAUGGUUUUAUUUACUAAUUCUAAGCUAAACGAUGAGCACAUAGAUCGGUUUAAAUUUGGCAAAUUGACGCCAUGUGAACAAGAUCGCUUGUUAAGUACACGUUGGGAGGACAGUGUUACAGAUUCGAAGAAAACGAAGAUAAAUUCAAAGAAUACGGAUCUUUUUUUAAAAAUCUGUAUCUCUAUACUGCUCAAACAGAUACCGUAGAACUGGAAACAUGUACACUUGAGAUGUUCAAGGCAUAUUUCGAAAGCAACGAAACCGCUUUUCGGGAGUAUCUGCAUUGUAUAACUCAGUGGAGCAUGAAGGAAGGAAACAAGUUCAAGUUAAAUAAAAUGUCAAUGAAACACCUGAUAACCCUUUGUGUAUUUUCACCUUUUAUCAAACCAUUAUCUUUUGUUGCCGGUGGACGACCGGUGAACGCCAGAACAAAAAUUUUUAGAGAAGCUAUUUCGAAAUUCGACUUGACGGUUAUAAAUAAAAACAAUUUCGAGAAAAUUGAGUCACUUUGGUCAAAUGCUGUUGAGGAUACGGAUGAUACAGAAGAAACGAUUAAAAUUAAUAAUAAGCACCAACUUACCGAGAACGUAAUAGAGAAAAAGGAAAGUCUUUAUGGUAAGGACGCAACAGAAUUAUCGAAGCUCAUGUGGUUACGAGGGAAAAGUCCUUUGGUAGUUGAAGGAUGCCCACAAGUUUAUAAAGCAAUAAAAAUAUGUCAACCGCAAAAUCUAAUUGUACUAGAUAAUCAAGAAACAUUUACUGACAAUCUUAGGAGAAAUUGUACUGACCUGUAUCAUGACAGUACAGGUGGCCAGAAAAAACCCUAUCAGUUUCAAAAGUUGUCAGAUUUAAAGGAACACGUACAGUUGUACGAAGAAAUCCUGACGAAUUUUACCUACUCAUUGCAAGGUCAAAAACCCAAGAAGUUGAAAUUUUUGCUGAAAAUUUGCGAAGAUAACAUCACCACAGAUGAUUUCGUUGAAAUGAUGGAAGCCCCAUUGCAGAUUGGAAAAUAUAAAGAUGUACUGCCACCCAGUCACAUUAAAAGAAAGUUGACAAAAUUUUUAAUAGAUGUUAAAUUCUUGAAAAAUAUUGGUGAGAAUACAAUUGUUUUGGUUGAUUGUGCAACAGAUGUCAGUUCUUUUCAAAUAAUUUUACCAAAUUUAGUAAUCAGCGAAGUAAAUGACGCUGACGUCAUCCAGAGCACAAUUCAUGAGCAGAAGAUCUACAUUUGUGGAAAUGAUGUUUCGCAUAAGAAAUUUUUUUCAUUGUGCCAAAAAAAUUCAGAAAUUGUAUUUCAUCACUUUCGAUAUUUAGACAAACAUCAUUUGGAAUGGAUAGAAACUGGGAAUUGUAACUCGAAGCAAGAAUAUAUUAAGGAACUCAAGAGGUUUCGUCUACACAAUGAAGUUACGGAAUACACUGUAGGCGAGCGCCAACACUUCAAUCAUUCUCGGCAAAAUAUCAACAUUAUCUGUGCUGAUCCUGGAAUGGGAAAAAGUACGUUAAUGAAGAGUUUAAAAAAGAGCAGUUCUUCGUCAAAAUGGAUCAUUUUAAUCUACGCUAGAAAUCAUGCCUUACACUUCAGGAAACAUGGAUCAGACUUGGAGAAUUUUUCAAAAUACGUCCUAGAAGACAUUUCUAAGGAAUGCACAAACCCGUUCCACCAGAGAGUGUUCGAAACAAUGUUGGAACAGAAUCAAAUACAACUAAUAUGGGAUGGACUUGAUGAAACCACUGACGCAACUCAGAAUUCCAUUUUAACCCUAGUACAAACUUUUUCAAAGAAAGGUGUGAAGCAGUGGAUAACUUCUCGUAAGAACUUAAAAGACACAUUAGAACAUAAGUUAAAUGUGUUUGCGCGAAAUAUAAAACAGUUUAAUGAUAACGAACAACGAGAAUACAUUAAAAGUCGUUUGCAGAUUUCCGAAAACGAGGUAAAUGAAACUUUCAAUAAAAUAAAAAAAAACUUAAUGUAUUUUCCAAAUUAUGAAAUUUUGGGCAUUCCUCUACAAAUUUAUAUGCUCACAGAAUUAUUUUUAAGUGACAUAGACAAAUACCUGACUUUGUUAGACGGUAUUUUCACAGUUAUUGAUCUAUACGAACAUUUUGUAGAACAAAAAUUUCAUGUUCUAUACCGCGACAAACAAGAAAUUACAUUAAGAAAUGAACAGAAUAACCAGUAUUUUGAAAACGAAAAGAACGCUAGAAUGAAGCAUUAUAAAAUUUUAGCUGCAAGUUAUUACACUUUUCACUCUCUAAAAAAUAAAAUUAAAAAUAAGUUCUUCGGUUAUGGUCAAACGACUAAGAAUUUUCUAAAAAAAAAUAAAAACCAAGGAGACGACGUGGGAUUUAUAGCGGGCGUUAUAUCUAGGUAUGAUGUUGAAUUCGUUCACAAUUCGUACGGUGAAUAUUUUGCAGCUCUGUAUCUAUUUGAGCACAAAAGUUCUAAAGCCCGUGACAGAAAAUUUAUUUCUAACAGUCGUCAUAGAAACAUUCGAUUUUUCUUAGAUCUAAUGCUUGCGAGAAAUUCUAAAUGUUUAGUAGGUGUUAUCUAUAAGAAUCUUACAAUUCUAGGAGAAUUUACUGAUGCAUAUUUACUUGAAAAAGAUAUUAUUGGUCGUGACAUUUUGGAAGUGGCUUGUGCGUGGAAUAAAAAUUAUCCACUUGUUCAAAAUAAUAUUCUUUUGAAAGGUAACAGUUUUAAUAAAGAAUGGAUAAUUACUAAUGAUAAAGAAGUCUUUGCAACUCUAAAUUAUCGUGAUGUAGCCCCAAAAUUUUGCAAAUUCAGUGCAUCAGGUGAUAUCUGUUUCAAAAAAUUGAUGAUUCUCUUACCAUUUUUGAUUCCAUUGUAUGACGGGAAUCAGUUUGUUGAAGAGUAUUUAGUGGCAGUUCUAUAUUAUGCAAUUAGGUUUGAUUUUCCAGUGAUUUUUGAAUGUAUCGAAAAUUCUAUUCUUUUAAAAAACACAUACAAUAAUAUUAGUUUAAGAAGUGUUUUAGCUUUGGCCCUUUUUAACAGAUCAGAGCGAAUAUUAAAAAAACUGCUUUCUGAUAACCAAAAUCAUUCCGAAUGGGACUGUGUAGAAGAACUUUUAAUUUUAGAUUCAGAAAUAGACGAAAUAUUGACUUUUGCGUUACACUUGCCAGAGUUUAGAAUAGACGUGCCAAAUUCAAGAGGGCAAUCGCUGGUGCAUUAUGCAUGUGAGAAAAAAUUAACUAAGACGUUAGGUUCCUUAAUUCUCAGGCAAGCCAAUUUGAAUGACAAGGAUAGAAAAGGGAAACGUCUCAUACAUAUUGCACGUGAAAAAGGGCAUUUAGAUGGAUUAAAAUUAAUAGCGCAAACCGACGUUUCGGAUACAAACGGUCAGCUGCCACUUCAUUAUGCUUGUGAACAUGGAGAUUUAGAUGUAGUAAAAUUAUUGUUAAAGAAUGGUGCGAAAGUGGAUGCUCCGGAUGGAGAUGGCCGGCGGCCUAUACAUUAUGCUUGUGAACUCGGAAGUUUAAAUCUAGUAAAAAUACUGGGGAAGAAGGGCGCGAAAAUGGACGUUCCAGACGGAGGUGGACAGUUACCGAUGCACUAUGCGUGCAAAAAUUGUUUCGAAGGAUUUGAUAUAAUUUUUUUUAUGAGAAAGAGAGGUGCGAAAAUGGAUAUUCCAGAUGGAGAUGGUCGGUUGCCGAUACAUAACGCGCGUUUAAAUCCAAACUUUGGUGGCAAAACAAUAACAUUUUUGUUAAAAAUUAUGGAAGAUAAAAUCGUUCCCGAAACGUAAUUGUUAGAGCCUCUGGCGGGGACCUGUUUCACCCCUCCCCACCCGUAAGGGUGGGAGCCAGAGCCACCCCCACCUUGGAACACAGGGUAGCAUUCAAUUCUUAAUUCUUAACUCAUUCAUACACAUUCAAUUCUCAAUUCUCAAGUCGCAACUAACAUUCAUCUAUCUCGACCGCACGGUCAUAUACUAUUCUAUUCUUAUCAUUCUUAUUUAUCCUAACACUUGUCACUAGCAAUAUACAUUUAUCUUACUGUU